GGCUUGUCACAGCAAACCACAUUGCAGAUUGGCCUGAUUCUGACCUCCUGAUCAUGACAUUCACAUACGUUAUCGAACACAUGGAGGAGGAUGAAAUAACCCCGAAAUCUCUCCCACCCUGGGUUGAGCUAGAAUAUGCGCAUAUGAUCAUGUUGGCUGGAAAAAACGGUCGCGUUGAGUUUACGCAUCUCUCGCACAACUCUUGUUCAUUGCUCGAUACUCGGUUAGCCUCUAUCAAUGAACCCACUGCCGCAUCAUACCAUGUCCAUACUCAGUCAGUAAUGGAGCUGCUGGAGAAAAAUAACAUUCCGAUUACGAGGGUAUGUCUUCUUGACCCGAAAGCUCAAACAGUACUCGCUCCGGAGGACGCCAAAACUUUUGAUCAUUUCUUGUUUGGGGGUAUACUAGGUGAUGAUCCCCCUCGUGAUCGAACAUCUGAGCUCCGCCAACUUGGUUUUCCUUCGCGUCAUCUGGGUCCAAUGCAGAUGACAACAGAUACCGCCCUCGGUGUAACGAAGCGAGUUGUCGAUGACAAAGUGCAACUGAAUGCGAUACCAUACGUGGACUAUCCAACCAUCACAUUCAAUGCUAAAGAAAGCGUUGAAAUGCCUUUCCGGUAUAUUGCCAACGGAAAAGAACCCGUCUUACCCCCCGGAAUGCGGGAACUUCUGCACGAGGAUCUUAACAAAAGUGUCAUCUUCUAAAACCACUUACAAUGUUACAUAGCAAUUGCCGUCAUGGGGUUCACACGUGGUGGUCCUUAUAUCCCCCCUGGACCCAGCAUCUUUCAGUCUUUUAGUAUGACUGGCUGAGUUGUACCAUGGAAUGGAACUUUGUCGGAUAUGUGUCUUAUCACACAGAACUGCUAAACGAGUAAAGGAUAUUGGGUAAGAAAAAUCGCAAGAGAACCACAAGACGAGCUUUUUUUUUCUACAAUUUUUGGCCUUUGCAGAGUUGUACUCUAUGUAGGACACUACUUUCUAAACUGAGAGACCCCGUGUCCCAUUU